AAAGCUAGGCGGCUGCGCAGACGGCACUCCUCACACAGAGCUGCCCCCGACCCGGGCGAAUGCAGGCUUGUGCUGCCGCUGCCGCCGCCGCCGCCCGGGCCGAGUGACAAAGGAAGGAAGGAAGCGAGGAGGAGCCGGCCCCGCAGCCACUGACAGGGCCCGGGCUGGGGGCAAAGCGCGGACACUUCCUGAGCGGGACCGUGCAGAAGCGAGGGGCGGGAGGGCGGCCGCGCUGGUGCCUUGGACGGGGGAGGGGGCCCCGAGGGACGGAAGCAGUUGCUGGGUUCCCAUGUCCCCGGCGUAUGGGGAGCAGUCGAGGAGCCGCUGCCUGGGGUCUGAAGGGAGCUGCCUCCGCCACCGCCGCCGCCAUGGCCGCUGGAUCCAGCCGCCGCCUGCAGCUGCUCCUGGCGCAAUGAGGAGAGGAGUCGCCGCCACCGCCCGCCUCUGACUGACUCGCGACUCCGCCGCCUUCCAGUUCGCCGGGCCCGUGCCGUCAGGCUGCCGGAUCCCGCCGCUGUCGGAGCCGCAGCGUUUCCCGACGCAUCUCCGAGCCACCCCCUCCCUCUCCCUCCCUCCUUCCCAUCCCCCUUUCUUUUCAAGCGUGAGACUCGUGAUCCUUCCGCCGCUUCCCUUCUUCAUUGACUCGGAAAAAAAAUCCCCGAGGAAAAUAUAAUAUUCAGAGUACUUAUUUUCAAUCAAGUAUCUGCCCCGUUUCACGUGAUAUAUAUUUUUUAGGACCUCCCAACCAUUUCUCCCCUCCAAGGAAAGGGAGGGGAAAGAAUUGUAUUUUUUUCCCAGCUCCCGAUCAAUCUAUAUGUUAAAUAUCCGUACUGAUCUGUCUUCAAGGAGAAAUACAUCGCUCGCUUUUUUUUAUAGCUGUACAAAAGGAGUGAAAAGCCAAGAGGACGAAGUCUUUUUCUUGUGGGAGAACUUAAUGCUGCAUUUAUCAUUAACCUAACACCCCAACAUAAAACAAAAGGAAGAAAAGGAGGAAGGAAGGAAAAGAAGGUGAUUCGGGAAGAGAGUGAUCAUGUCAGGGCGGCCCAGAACCACCUCCUUUGCGGAGAGCUGCAAGCCAGUGCAGCAGCCUUCAGCGUUUGGCAGCAUGAAAGUUAGCAGAGACAAGGAUGGCAGCAAGGUGACCACAGUGGUGGCAACUCCUGGACAGGGUCCAGACAGGCCACAAGAAGUCAGCUAUACAGACACUAAAGUGAUUGGGAAUGGGUCAUUUGGUGUGGUAUAUCAAGCCAAACUUUGUGAUUCAGGAGAACUGGUUGCCAUCAAGAAAGUAUUGCAGGACAAGAGAUUUAAGAACCGAGAGCUCCAAAUCAUGAGAAAGCUAGAUCACUGUAACAUAGUCCGAUUGCGUUAUUUCUUCUACUCAAGUGGUGAAAAGAAAGAUGAGGUCUAUCUUAAUCUGGUGCUGGACUAUGUUCCGGAAACAGUAUACAGAGUUGCCAGACACUAUAGUCGAGCCAAACAGACGCUCCCUGUGAUCUAUGUUAAGUUGUAUAUGUAUCAGCUGUUCCGAAGUUUAGCCUAUAUCCAUUCCUUUGGAAUCUGCCAUCGGGAUAUUAAACCACAGAACCUCUUGUUGGAUCCUGAUACAGCUGUCUUAAAACUCUGUGACUUUGGAAGUGCAAAGCAGCUGGUCCGAGGAGAACCCAAUGUUUCGUAUAUCUGUUCUCGGUACUAUAGGGCACCAGAGUUGAUCUUUGGAGCCACUGAUUAUACCUCUAGUAUAGAUGUAUGGUCUGCAGGCUGUGUGUUGGCUGAGCUGUUGCUAGGACAACCAAUAUUUCCAGGGGACAGUGGUGUGGAUCAAUUGGUAGAAAUAAUCAAGGUCCUGGGGACACCAACAAGGGAGCAAAUUAGAGAAAUGAACCCCAACUACACAGAAUUCAAAUUCCCUCAAAUUAAGGCACAUCCUUGGACUAAGGAUUCGUCAGGAACAGGACAUUUCACCUCAGGAGUUCGGGUCUUCCGACCUCGAACUCCACCAGAGGCGAUUGCACUAUGUAGCCGUCUGCUGGAGUAUACCCCAACUGCCCGAUUGACACCACUGGAAGCUUGUGCACAUUCAUUUUUUGAUGAAUUACGGGACCCAAAUGUCAAACUACCAAAUGGGCGAGACACACCUGCACUCUUCAACUUCACCACUCAAGAACUGUCAAGUAAUCCACCUCUAGCUACCAUCCUUAUUCCUCCUCAUGCUCGGAUUCAAGCAGCUGCUUCAACCCCUUCAAAUACCACAGCAGCCUCAGGUUCCGGUAGUGACUGCAGAUGAAUGGAUAAAGACCUGUUGGAAAGCAUUACUAUGUACAAGAGCUAUCACAGCAGAGUUCAUACUUUUUUAUUCACUAAUCCCACUGUAGGGAUCUUAACUUCAGGGUACAUCUAAUAGAAGAAAAAAAGCUACCAUGUACAGAGAUAUGACUAGGAAUAAUUAUAUAAUAACAAAAAAAGAGAGCCAAUAUGAUCUGAAUGGUCAACAGUAGGAAAAUGUUUCGGUACAUUAUGAAAUCUCCAUUUGUAUGUAACCA